AUGAUUACUACAAUUGUAGUGGGAUUACAAGGGCACGAGACGCAGGGUGUAGGCACGGGGCCUAGGUCCUACAGAGAUUACAUAACUGGACUCGAGCCUAGCGUCCUAAGACAAAACAAUCCAGAACUCGAGCCUAGCGUCCUAAGACAAAACAAUCCAGGACUCGAGCCUAGCGUCCUAAGACAAAACAAUCCAGGACUCGAGCCUAGCGUCCUAAGACAAAACAAUCCAGGACUCGAGCCUAGCGUCCUAAGACAAAACAAUCCAGGACUCGAGCCUAGCGUCCUAAGACAAAACAAUCCAGGACUCGAGCCUAGCGUCCUAAGACAAAACAAUCCAGGACUCGAGCCUAGCGUCCUAAGACAAAACAAUCCAGGACUCGAGCCUAGCGUCCUAAGACAAAACAAUCCAGAACUCGAGCCUAGCGUCCUAAGACAAAACAAUCCAGGACUCGAGCCUAGCGUCCUAAGACAAAACAAUCCAGAACUCGAGCCUAGCGUCCUAAGACAAAACAAUCCAGGACUCGAGCCUAGCGUCCUAAGACAAAACAAUCCAGGACUCGAGCCUAGCGUCUUGAGACAAAACAAUCCAGAACUCGAGCCUAGCGUCCUAAGACAAAACAAUCCAGGACUCGAGCCUAGCGUCCUAAGACAAAACAAUCCAGGACUCGAGCCUAGCGUCCUAAGACAAAACAAUCCAGAACUCGAGCCUAGCGUCCUAAGACAAAACAAUCCAGGACUCGAGCCUAGCGUCCUAAGACAAAACAAUCCAGAACUCGAGCCUAGCGUCCUAAGACAAAACAAUGCAGGACUCGAGCCUAGCGUCCUAAGACAAAACAAUCCAGAACUCGAGCCUAGCGUCCUAAGACAAAACAAUCCAGAACUCGAGCCUAGCGUCCUAAGACAAAACAAUCCAGGACUCGAGCCUAGCGUCCUAAGACAAAACAAUCCAGGACUCGAGCCUAGCGUCCUAAGACAAAACAAUCCAGGACUCGAGCCUAGCGUCCUAAGACAAAACAAUCCAGGACUCGAGCCUAGCGUCCUAAGACAAAACAAUCCAUGA